AUGCUCCACAUCCUUAACACAAGGCUAAAGGCUUACCUCUCGAACCAAAUUGCACCAGAACAAGCUGAAUUCGUGAAGGGAAGAGUCAUGUGGGAGCAGAUAGUCAUAUUACGGCAGAUCAUAGAGAAAUCAAGGGAGCUCAACACACUACACUUUAUUGGAUUUGUCAACUUUCGAAAGGCAUUCGAUGCGGUCACAUGGGAGUGUCUAUGGAAAGUACUAUUGGUUAUGGGAGUCCCGCAGCAAUUUGUCUUUGACUUGAGGAGUUUAUACGAGGAUGGCACUGCUGCAGUGCGGGUGGAUGACGUCCUCUCAGAUGCUUUCAAGUCUGAGUCCGUUGUUCAAAAGAGGUCUAUAUUGUCACCGUUGUUCUUUAACACCUAUUUCGUGUACAUCAUGAGAAUAGCUGUUGUGGAAGGUUGGGAUAAAGGUGUUUCGGCUGGAUGA